AAUGCUUGAUAAUUGGUAUCCAUUUUCCAACUAUUUUUUAGUGACUCCAUAAGAAAGGGACUACUCUAUACUCCUACUAUAGGAGAAUAAAUUGAUGAUGAUAUUCCAGCAUCAUUUGAACAAAAAAGAGGAAUCAAUUAUUAACAUGAAUAUAUGAGACUAUAUAUUGCUAAUGUUGUCUUGACUCAAUAACUAAAAGAAUUACUAUAAGAAAAAGGAGAUUUAAUCACUAAAAUCAAUAGACUUGAAGUAUUUCAAUCAUUAAUUAUUAUUAGGAUUUUGAUAUAUGUAAAACAAACCCUAGAAAACUAGAUUAUGAGGAAUCCAAAAAGUCAGAAACUAUCCCAAAAAAAUAAAUAGGUAUCCUAUUUGCAAUUAUCAUUAGUUCAGAAGGUUCAAUUAAAUGUAAUGAUGAAAAUGCAGUUCCUAAUCAUUAAUAUCAAACUAGAAAAAUAAUUAAGAAGAAUUGA